GUUGUAUUGAAGCUUUCCCUUUUUUUUAAAAACAUGGCAAAGCAUCAUCCCGAUUUGAUCUUUUGCCGAAAACAACCUGGCAUUGCCAUUGGUCGUUUAUGUGACAAGUGUGAUGGCAAGUGUGUCAUUUGUGACAGUUACGUACGUCCCGCUACGUUGGUGCGCAUUUGCGACGAGUGCAAUUUCGGUUCUUUCCAGGGCCGAUGUGUCAUUUGUGGCGCUCCAGGCGUCUCCGAUGCAUACUAUUGUGUUGGCUGUACUCGUUUAGAAAAGGAUCGUGAAGGAUGUCCAAAAAUUAUAAAUCUGGGAUCCUCAAAAACAGAUUUGUUUUACGAGAGGAAAAAGUUUGGUUUCAAAGGGAAACAAUAACCUUGGUUGUCCGGCAGUUCUUGCAGCUUUCUUUUCCGCCUUUGCAACUUACCUUCUUGUUGUAAUUGAUGGGAUCUUGAGCUGCUGGACACACCACGCAUAUAUACGAAAACGUCCAAUUUAUACACGCAAAACUCACCAACAUGCAUUUUUCUUUUACUGUUACUUUCUCUGCUGUAAAUAUAACACACACGCUCCAAAAAAAGCAAUGCAUUUUUAUUCCAUAACAAUAUAUGCUUGUAGAUCUGCUUUUUUAUCUCGCGUUUACAUGCAAAAAUGUAGUGUUUAUCCCCCGCCAACCCUCGUA